UGAGUGGCGUCCCUUUUGUGGGCUUAAGCCUUUACAGCAAAGCCAAACCGGGAAAAAAGAUAGGACGUCGAUCCGCCCUCACGCUUGGAGUGAAAUAAUUACAUAUUCAUGAGAGAAAACGUUGCUCAUUAGCAUGCCCCGCCCACACGCUACCGAGCCUUGGGCGUCACAGGCCUCUCUCUGCAUGUUCCUAGGAUCUAUGAUCAUAUAGACAUGAGCGCCGAAAGAGGCGGCGGAAGUAUUUACUGGGGCGUGGCCUGUCCAUGCCUGCGCGCUGACGUCUGGGGCGGCGUGGUGAGCGACGUAACGUGCGCGCUGACGUCCGGGACGGCGUGGGCUCUCCGCGCAGGGGCCGCUGGGAGCGCGAGGAUGGUGGUCGGCGCCUUCCCGCUGGCCAAGCUGAUCACCCUGGGCGUUCGGCAGCUCUCCAAGCCGUUGGCCGCGCGCAUGAAGGAGGGGGCGCGGGCCAGCCCCUUCUUCCGCCAGUACAUCUGCGGACCCCCCGCUCAAAUUUAUCACUGGAUUGAGAUGCGGGCCAAGAUGCGGAUUAUGGGCUUCCGUGGUGCUGCCAUCAAGCCGCUGAAUGAGGACGUGGCCGCUGAGCUUGGUGCAGAACUGCUGGGUGAAGCCAUCAUCUUUGGGGUGGGGGGGCUGUGCAUCUUCUUGGAGUACUCCCGCCAGGCCACCAACAGCAAGAAAAAAGAGGACGAGCUCAACAGCACCCUCCAGGGCCUGCAGGAACAGGUGGCAGAACUGAACUUGACUGUGGAAACUUUGGACGCCCGGUUGCGUGAGGUGAACCGGUUCCUCGUGGAUGUCUCAGCCAAGAAAUAACAGGCCUGUCAGGGAGAUGGUCUUGAAACUAUGCUCUGUAUGUAUGGGUCACUCCACACACCCCUGGAUGUGAACCAGCAAGGAUAGCUGUGGAGAGCACUGCAUACACAGCAGGAUUUGGGAGGUGGCAAUUCCUGCUCCCCCGCCCUCACCUGCUGAAUUGCCUGGCUUCUUCCUAGAGUGUAAAUACUGAACCAAUUAAAGAAAGAAAGAUAUUCUUACUUUGGUGAUUAUGGGGAGGCGUUAGAACAUGCCCAGGUGCAUGUUGUCAUUCCAAGGGGCACAGGAUUUAGCCGUGGGACCUGUACAGAGGCGGGUGAAGCAAAUUUCUUUCUGGCAUUUGUCCUGCAAUGUUUAAGUGGCUCUAUAAUCCUGUAGGUAGAGAGAGGAGAGUUUUGAAUCCAGAGGCUUGAAAAUAUGAGUUAGGGAGUAUCCAAUUCAGUUGAAUAUCCUAACCCUAUCUCUAUCCAAUUGAAUAUGGCAGUCCUACUUCUUUGUGUGGGUUUAAGACUAGAUAGCCUUUAAAGUUCCUUUUGGUUCUGAAAUCCAUUCUGAGUUUGCACUGGCUUAAGGAAUCCUUUCUGGUUCACUCUUGAACAGCACAACAUGUGCCCAAGUGUGGAGUUUGGCCAGUUGGGGCAUGAGCAAAUCUAUCCAGAGUCUCCCCGAAAGGACAUCAGUUGGUGGCAAAGCCUUAUGCUACCCCUCCCAUUCUAUAAUGUCCUGGGGGGAGGUGAAAAUGUUCAUUAUCAGCAGGGCAGGGGUUCUUCGUGAUCCCACAGGAGAGGGGGUUUUGAAACUUGAGUCCCAGCUGUUGCUGGACUACAACCCCUUUGACCAUCAUGGUUGGGGAUGAGACCUGUAAUCCAUUAUCAGGUUUGGGAAUCCCAUACCAUAGGAGACCAACUCUUAACAGAAUAAUCAUGAGCUGCAUCAAUCAGUGUGCACCAUCCAAAAAUAGAGCAGGCAAUUUGCUCUACUGGUUAAAGAUCAGAAGCCAAAACCAAAGCUGUCCUGCAUCCCUUUAAUGAAAAUCUUUGUACAUGCACUGUAUUUCCCAGGACUUGGUGUUCCAUAGGCCUUAGUACUCUUCUGAAUUACUUGAAUAAAUAACUUCUUUAAAAGCACUGGCUUUGUCUUUGUCCUGACAGAGGACAAAAAAAAAAGCCUGCAUAGCAGGGCAAAACUGUGCUAAUAAAGAUUAUCAGCCCUUUGUCCCUCUCCCAUUCCAAUUUGAGUCACCACUAUACUCAAGAUCACUCAAUCUUCUCAAAGCUGCCUCGUAAUCCCUAUUUUUAGAUUACGACUACCUGGGCCAGUGAGGCUGAGAAAAGCUCAUUGUGCAUGGCUUGUGUAGCAGACUGAUGCCCCUCUUGAAUUCUGAAGCAGAGACAUUUCUAACCUUUUCUUUGGUGGGGGAGUAAUUGUAGGCCAAGAGUUCCUCUUCUAAUGGUUCCUCUUCUAGGGCAAGUGGAAUCAGGAGUAAAAAACCACAAAAGGUUCCAGCCAAAGGCCGCAGCUGAUCUUAAGGGUAGGAGGCAGCUUAGUCCUCCCUCUGCCCUGAGAGGUAUCCAGCCCCGGGGUAGUUGCAGGUUUCCCUAGCUGUUGAUCCUGCUCUCUGCUCACACCAUCAGAAUACUGACUCACUUACUGCCUCUUCAAGCUACAUGUGCCAAAAUAUUCUCCUUCCCACCCCACAAAAAACAGACACAUGCCAUCUUUUCACGAUAUUUUUUGUUUAAGUACAGAGGGAGGGGAUCUAUUACUGUCUCAGUACUACCCAAGAUCUUUUCUGCCCAGCAGUAUCUAAGCAUCUCACACCUUUGGCAUCCCAUUUUAAGACUACUGUAUAGCAGGCCUUUGGGUUCUUCCAUCAUGUCCAGUGCUUUCCUACUUAACAUUCAGGCAUUCACACCAUGUUGCAACAUUGGAGUUGCUUGUAAUAAAGGUAUUAUUCAGAAUGUGGGGCUUGGAUUCCCCACCCCAUUUGGACCAACAUAGCUACUGCUUUUUAAGGCAGCUCUCAAAGGUUUCGCAUACUGCUGCACUCUUUAAAUCCAGUGGCCAGCAGAUGGUACUGUUGCUUUAGGAGACAAAUUUACACCUCCCCUUCAACCUGCACUCCCAGCAGAAAUCCAGCUUGGGUUCAUUGCUGGUCUUCAAGAGAGCCCUCAAAACCUGUUUGUUUGGUCUGGCCUUUCAGGGUUUUAAAAUUGUUUUUAAAAGGUUUAAUGGUUUUAAACUGUGUAGUUGUAGUAGUAGUAGUUGUAACAUUUUAUAUCCCUCUCUUCCUCCCAAGGAGCCCAGAGUGGGGUACAUGGUUAAGGUUAUCCUCACAACAACCCUGUGAGGUAGGUUAGGCUGAGAGAGGCGUGACUGGCCCAGAGUCACCCAGUGAGUUUCUUGGUUUUGUAUUGAUUGUUUUUAAAUGAUUGAGUCACAGAUUUUGUUCCUGUGUACCGACCAGAGCCUUUUGGAUGGGGUGGUAUAAAAAUAUAAUAAAUCCAGCUGCAUCCACA